AGGACACUUCAUGGGUUUAAAGUUGCUAUUAUAAAAUCAUGUCAAGGAAGCGCUGUAGAGAGGAAACUAUGUUGAACUCUGUAUCACAUACAAAUAAUCAUAAUGGAGAAAGUACGUCUUCUUCUAGAGAAAAUUCCCCCAUCAAUCCUUCAAUUUGUAAAGAGGCUCCAUUCAGUGAUGAUCCAGAAGCAAUUGCUGAGAGAGAUGCAAGCGAUUAUAAUACUCAAAUUACAUUAAGAAUGGCACGUAGUGGAAAAGCACCCAGAAGGGUUAGAGUAUAUGCUGAUGGUAUAUAUGACCUUUUUCAUCAGGGACAUGCUCGACAAUUAUUACAAGCUAAAAAUAUAUUUCCAAAUGUAUAUCUCAUUGUUGGAGUUUGCAACGAUGAAUUAACACAUAGCAAAAAAGGAAGAACUGUUAUGACAGAUGCUGAAAGAUAUGAUGCAGUAAGACAUUGUCGCUACGUGGAUGAAGUAGUAAGGGAUGCUCCAUGGGAAAUAGAUGAUGAUUUCAUUAAGAAACAUAAAAUCGAUUUUGUAGCACAUGAUGACAUACCUUACAUGACAGAUGAUGGUUCAGAUGUUUAUGCUGCAUUAAAAGCUAAAGGUAUGUUUGUAGCUACACAAAGAACAGAAGGAGUAUCUACAUCAGAUAUUGUUGCAAGAAUUGUUAAAGAUUAUGAUAUUUAUGUAAGAAGAAAUUUAGCACGGGGUUACAGUGCCAAAGAACUCAAUGUUUCUUUCCUUAAUGAAAAGAAAUUUCGAUUACAAAAUAAAUUUGAUGACCUCAAAGAUAAGGGUAAACGAGUAAUGGAAAACAUAGGUGAAAAACGUAUGGACAUGAUUAGUAAAUGGGAAGAAAAAUCACGAGACUUUAUUGAUGCAUUUCUUUUAUUAUUCGGAAGGGAAGGAAGAUUGUCAACAAUUUGGAAUGAAAGUAAAGGACGUUUGAUGCAAGCACUUUCACCUCCAGCAAGUCCAAAAAGAGAUGGCAGUCCAAAUAGUAGUAAUAGUAGCAACAACGAUGAGGAUCAAACAAGUCCUCCACCAAAAAAGACUGGACGCUACGAAUUUUCACAAAGUACCCAAUAUCUAAGCGAUGAUUAUAGUGAUGAUGAAGAAGAAAAUUUACAAUCUAAGUGAUAAAUCAUUAUAUAAAUGCAAUGUAUCUUCUUAUUACGACCAAAAUUAGUGUGCUAUUUUUUUUUAACAUUAGACAUAUUUUCAUACAGCUAUAUAAGCUGUUUCUACAGAGAAUAGCACUUUGCUUCAUAAUUUUUGUAUGGUAAAACUACUAUACAUAAAGCAAAACAUUUGUUAUUAUAUGGAAAUUUAGUACAAUUAUGAAUUAUGCAAGUUGGAAUAUAGACAUUUAAAUCUACAAAAGAUAUGUAGAUUAUUUAAGAUAUCUAUUACAUCAAAUUUAUAAUUUUUUCAGUUGUUGCUGUGGUAUUAUUUAUUUGUAUUAUGUUCCUAAUACAGCAAUGAAUUAUUUACUUACUCUAAAUUUCUAAAUAUUUUUACAUAUAUUAGUAUUUAUACUUUCAUGUACUAAACAAGAUAUUGUUUCCAGUAUUUAUUUUUAAACAAAUAAUCUGUAGAAAGAACUGGUCUAUGUAUACAUAUAUUCAAUAACGAUUUCUCUUACUUUAUCAUCAAUUUUGUACAGAACAUAUUGUAGAAUAAUCUUAUGUCUCAUUGUACAGAUAUCUUAGAUAGAGAGUAAAUAUUUCAUCUAUAAAGACAUAUUACUUUUACAUUGUUGCGAAUAACGCAUAACCCUAGAAGUGAUCUAUAAAAUAAAUAAAUAAAUAUAUAUAUAUAUAUAAAAUCUUACAAAAUAUAAUUGACCAUAGAAAUGAUGAUUAUUAUUAACAAAUGAACCAGUAUGCAAAAAAUAGAUAAAUAAUACUUCCAGGAUAAAAGAAACAUUGUUUUAUAGAGCCUAUUCAUAUUAAUUAUAUUGAACAAUAUAUACUAAUUUAUUAUAAAUAUAUAAUAAUAAAAAUGGUACAUUAAAAAUAUAAUAGUUUAUAUAUGCAGACAUAUUAAAGUCUAUAAAAUUUACUCUAAACUGAGGAGAAAAUUAAGAAGAAUAACAUAAAAAAUAAUAAUCAUGGUAACAUUUUGUAUAUAAGUAAUGAACGCAAUAUAUAACAAAGUUAUUUUUAUAGUGAGGUUUCUAAGAUUUUAUUUAUUACAAAAAUGAACAAGUUCAUCUUCAAAAAUAAACAAAACAAUUUCACAUAAACUAAAUACGACAAAUAUUUUUAUGACAAAAAAAUUAUAAGGUGCCUCUUUAUAGAUAUAUUUGCGUUCAAUAUUUUCGAAACUAAUACUUUUCAAAAACAUUAUAUCAUGUUUAAUGGAAGUGCUUAAUCUUUUAAAAACAUAUGUAAUUGCAUGCAUUACAAAUUUUCCAUUUCUUGUAAUAUAUCACCUGUGCCUCAGUCUAAUAUCUGUAGCUGGAGUACAUAUAUUGAGUAUUAUAAAUGCCUUCGAAGAUAUUAAUAAGAUAGUUGUUGUAUAAUGCAAUGUCAAUUAUAUAUUAAUAUUGAUAUUGCCAUAUAUUUACACUGGCCUAUAAUGCAAUAACCAUUAUUGUUAUAUGAAUAUCACUGUCUUCAAUAAUGUGUAUGAUAACAAUAUAAUUGUUAUCAUUUAUUAAAUAGAGGAUAAACAUUAUUAUUUAUAGUGAAUUUAUUACUAAAAAAUUAAAUUUAAUCAUGAUUUUAAAAGUUACAAAUCAAACAACUUUAUGGCAGAUGGGUAAAUUUUUCCAUAUCUUAAUAUCUUUUCAAGGCAUAUAAUUCUCUUAAUGAAAUAAUUUAAUAUAAAUAUGUUUAAAUAAUUAGUAAAUAACUAAUAUUAAAUAGAAUAAAUAAAACUUUAAUAAAUAACUUUAUCUACAUAUCUAUAUUUUCGAUUAAAGAAUGCAUGUUUUCUUAUAGUUUUGCUUAUAUUUGUAUUUUUAUUUUUGUUUAAUAGAAAUAUAUAUAUAUAUACAUACAUAUUUACCAUUAUUUAAACAAUAUACAACGACACAAGUGGCGAUCGCUGAAAACUCAAAGCAAUAACUGCGAUCGAUGAAACGAGUAAAUAAUAGUUUCAAAUUGAUAAUAUAAAAAAUCAUCACGUAAAAAAUCUGUUUAUAAAAUAUGCUUUUAUGUGAAAGAUUGUUUUGUAAAGACGUACAUUAUAAAGAAGUCUUUCGUUUGAUAACUGUUGAUAUAAUUUGUAUCAAUUUGAAGCUUCAAUUUCUAAACGAAUAAUGUUUCGUCUCAUCGACAAAAAUCUACGCCUCGAGUUUCUAACAAUCGCCAAUUGACAUCGCUCUUUGCUUUUAUUACAAGUAAUUAAUAAAUAUAUUUUAUUAUCGUAUAUAAAAUAUUUUGGUCGUAAAAUAUAUUUAAUUAUAUAUAUAUAUUUAUUUA